UAAAAUACCAGCCCCAGAAUAAUACGACUUUUGGACGACUGGAAUCCCAUCGCUGGCUGCUCUCCCUCAAGUCCAUCCGUGCCGGCACCACCGUCAUAGCUCCCUUCUCUAAGCUCUCCCUCUCUUUCUCUAUCUCCGGCCACCUGCUGCUGCUUCUUCUUCUUCUUCCUGGCGAUCCUGACGCCUUGUGAGAGCGCCGCCAUGGAUACUGCUCAGUGGCAUCAGGAAAUAGGGCUGGUGAAGCCCGCGGAGAUGGUGUCUUCCACCGCCACCACCAGCGGGAGUAAUAGUUGCACCACGGCCAGGCCGCAGGUGACGGAGAGGAGGGCCAGGCCGCACAAGGGGCAGGCGCUCAGCUGUCCCCGGUGCAACUCCACCAACACCAAGUUCUGCUACUACAACAACUACAGCCUUACUCAGCCCAGGUACUUCUGCAAGACCUGCAGGAGAUAUUGGACCGAGGGUGGAUCUCUCAGAAACGUUCCUAUAGGCGGUGGCUCGAGAAAGAACAAGCGGUCCUCCGUCUCCUCCUCCUCCACCACCACCACCACCGCCGCCGCCUCCAUGAUCACCUCUUCCACCGCCACCGCUACAUCUGCAGUAGUGUCAAACCCUAAAAAGCUCCCAACCGACUUCGUCCCCCCUCCCAUCUCGCUCUCUGCUUCUCACAAGUUCCAUGAGGGACAAGACCUGAACCUGGCUUUCCCUCACCCUACACUCCCUGAGUUCAAUGACUUCCCCGGCUUGGAGAGCACUACAGUCAACAACAACAACAGUAGCAACACCGACAACAGCAGCAACCCAUGCAAUGCUGUUGGUGCUCUCUCUGCCAUGGAGCUACUGAGCAGUGGUAUGACCGCAAGAGGGAUUGGGCCAUUCGUGCCGAUGACGCUGCCGGAAUACCCAACCGGGUUCGGGUUGCAGGACUUCAGGGCUCCUGCCCUUAGCUUCCCGAUGGAAGGCAUUGACGGAGGGGGAGGAGAAGGGGGUACCGGUGGGUAUGAAUCAUUGCAGGGGUUGCAGGAGGGUGCCGGUGGAAGGCUGUUGUUCCCUUUUGAGGACCUGAAGCCAGGAGUCCAUACAAGCACUGCUGAGUUCGAGAACAACCGGAGCCAAGGUGGUCAUCCUCCUGGCUUCUGGAAUGGGAUGAUGGGCGGAGGAGGCUCAUGGUAGAAGCAUUCCUUGAUUCUAAGAAGCAAAAGCUAAAAUUCGAGCGUGUAUUUACUUUCUGCUCUGGUUUCAGAUGAUGGAAUUGAACCACUUUAUUCGGGAUUUGCUGAGAACUAACAGAGGACAAGAAGAUACAUGAGGUUCCUUCUCCUUCAUUUCUUUCCAUCACUACUCCCUGUUCUCGUCACCAUGGACAUGUGAAGCUUCUUUUUGGGUUGGCUUCAAGAGGGAGGGUGUCUUUUCUUGCUGGUAGGGAUCAUUGCACCACAGACUGAAAAGCAUGGGAGAAGAAUGGGGAUCCUUUGUGCUUUCAUGGAUUUGGUAUUCAGGUCAUACUGUAGCAACAGUGUGGACUUUGCAUGGACCAGAACUAGCUUAGGGCAAAAGCGAAAACUACCCACCCACUUCUUUGUUUAUGUUACUACCACUCAGAACAAGGGGUUGAGGAUACAACGUGCGUUAGCAUUCAUGGUAUUCACUGGCUUUUUAUCUGUCAUUUUUCCUUUCCCUUCUGCGUCCGGUCUGAGAUGUCAUGUCUCAUCAUCCCCAUCGAGAUUCCUCCAGCUGUGAACGCACUCAGAGAAGCAGCGGAGAGCCAAGGAAUAAGUCGGUAUGGCCGCACUCCCCUUUCCCCCACCCCCUCGAAGUACUUCUUCCCCUUCGCAUGGAUUACAUAUACUCGAGUGUGUGUGUGUGUUAGGCGACUGUUCUGCUUCCAUUAUGAUAUUGGAAGACACAUCCCCUCUGUCCCUCCCUUCCCCUCGCCUCAUGUAACAUAGACUGAUGCAAGCUUGGCUUCCCCACACUAAUGAUUCCUUCCCCCCACACACACCAUCUCCAUGCAUGAUUACCAAGAAGCCACUCACAUGUGGGUCCUCUGCAAACAUUCCCCUAGGGAUGAGGUAUGGGGAAUGAUUCCUUCUUCGUCUUGAUGCUGACACCAACACGUGGCUACUUAUUUCAUACAAUAAAGGCUCUGUUACCGAAGGGACCUCCCAUGCUGUGAUCACCAUAAGCCAACAGGGAUAGGUAGGCGUUAAGUAAGGCGUGCCACCCACUCCAUGUCACCUCACAUGCUUUUGAUGAUCUGGUGAUGCUGUUGCUUGUCUGCAUGCCACUCGUGGUCCGCCAAUUACGCCAGUAAAUGGAACGUCUACCCUUCGAGUUUCCAGUCAAGGAACAUCCAUUGCCGUCUCCGUUUGAUGCUCGUACCAAAGUCCUUCGUUUUCAUCAGCAUUAUUGACGCAUUCAUGACCUUUUGAUUUGCUGUCGUCGCAUCUCUCUCUCUCUCUCUCUUACCCAAUUCUAGUACGCCUUGCAUUCUACUACGUAUCGCAUAGUUUUCCCCCCUCCUUUAAGAGGUAAUGGAUGGAUCAUGAUGAUCAGCAUGACGACAUGGAAUGGAAGGGAAUCCAAGCUGUGAGCAUGCAACGCAAGCCGUAUCUAAUGAUUCAGCCGAGGGAAGGAUAGGUUGGGUAAUGAAAGGUAUUCUACAGCUGCUGCAUUGAAUGGUUUGCCGAGGGCCCGAUUGGACUGUCGCAGAGCUUCAGCGUUCGCUAGCUAGCAGACGAACGUACUCGUGCCGACGCCAUGUUAUCACUGUUUUAAUUCUCACGUACGAGUGACAAAGAAUCAACACGUGAACUUGUCGGAUCUCUUAUUUCAUGCUCUCACUAUCUUUGCUGCUGCUGCUUCUUCUCUGUUUGGUGCUGUAGAUUCAACAAGCCACAAGGAGAGAGAGAGAGAGAGAAAGGGGUCCAAAAAUCAAAGAGCUAAUUCUAAAAAGACUAAAAGGGUUGAACUGAAUCAUCUCCUAUAAUGAUAAUGAUAUGAAUUCUACGAUCUAAGCUUGUGGUGGAACAGGUGGUGCUGACGGAUUUUACCUAAUCAAAACAAUGGCGUUAUCAUUUUUGAUGAUUGAUCUGCUUGCCUUGUUUCCGAUUGUCUUAUAUGAAAGAUGGAAGAUGUAGAGGGGACUUCGAUCAACAUCAGUCACCAAGUUCCAAGACACCAGAACAAGACAACGUCAUGAUAGAAUGAUCUCCCUGUUGCUCCUCUUCCUUCUUCCAUCGAGGGGCCCCUUCAGAAACAGUGAAUCGGCAUGUGAAUCCAAUGCAUGGGGUGCACCAUCUUCGUUUGCUGGAGAACAGGAAGUUGACUGCUGUCUCGUAUCGAAGGUCUAGCAUUAUCCAGAAAGGAGAGAAACAUGUAGUUUCUCUCCUGUUUCUGCCAAGACUCCUCACAGCAAUACAUGAGUGGCUUGUGGGAGGGAGUCUCAUUUACCACGACCAGUACACAGUUCGUGGAGAUAUCCAUUGUUGUGCAGAGUUCUGCAAGAAAGCCAUCAAGUAAAGGAUUGAUGGACCACUACCGGAUGGCAUGAGAAGAUAUCCUUCUGAGACAUGUAUCGGGCACUGCAUUGGUUGGCCUGCUUUGAUUACAAGGACGAGCAGAGUUCCUGCGGUGAACAACCGGCACAAUGAUGGCAAGCGUGCUCGGAAGAAUAGGCUUGCAUCUUAGGCGUCCAUUGAACGGUCUUAGGAAACGAAUAGGCUUUGGUGGCAAAAUGCCUUUGGCGAACGGAAACGAAUGUUUCGGUUCGGCCCAUUAACAGAAUCAUUUGGUCCGUUAAAGGCCCAUAUGAACACUGGCCGCUUCGUUCGACGACGACAGGGGACGACAAUAGGCUUAGUUCGUCAGAUCGAUCGAUGAUCUGAGGCCGAGGUGCAUCUUGGAUCCUCGCACAGAGAUUUCGCUUGGCCCGCGAAGCAGCAGCGUUUGUUGGACAAUCUUUAGAUUUCGAGACGGGGGUGGCAUGACGGCGAUCUUGGCGCAGCGGUUCCUGCCGUCGGUGGACUCGGAGUGCCUUGAGAGGCAUUCCCUUCUCCCCCCGACCGGCGGUGCGACUUGGCGGUGGGGGAAUAUGGCGCCAUGUACUUGCCGGCCCCCGGCGAAGCUCGGCAUCAUCCAAGAAACGAAGAGGUCUGCCGCCUUUCUUUAUCUCCUCCGCAUGAUGCAUACCAAGAGAAGAGAAAAAGAGAAUUGAAUGGGUUAUCAGAUGAGAAGCUACAGGUGGAGGACAGCCCUUGCCUUGGAUACAGGUGGAUCCCCUAGUAGCAAUGGUCAAGAGAACCUAGGGGAUAAUGCAGGGCUUGGCAGGACUAGAUUGGGCACUAUUGUACGAGCCGCUGCUGCACAGCUUCUUGAAAAGUUAAAUGCUGCUCGGAAGAACUUUCCGAUGAAAAUAUUCCUCCUCCUCUUGGGUUUCUACACAGCCAAUGCUUUAGCAACAAUCCUAGGGCAGACCGGUGACUGGGAUGUCCUGGUGGCUGGCGUGGUGGUGGCUGUGAUCGAGGGAAUUGGCAUGCUCAUGUAUAGAAAACCAUUCACUACGCCCGUAGGGAGGUUGCAGAACUUAAUUGUGAUGGUGAACUACUGGAAAGCUGGUGUAUGCUUGGGUCUCUUUGUUGAUGCCUUCAAGCUAGGAAGUUAGAACUUGAAUGUUUCUCGACCUGGCUAUAUCAAUAAUAGCUUUCCUGGUUUCUUCA